CGUACUGCGCAUGCCCGGAAGUCUCUAGCAGACAUUGCUGAUCAUGGCAGCAUGCAGGAGGUCAUUGCUGUCUAUACGGUGUAAGCUCGGCUUUUCUCCUCCUGUCAGACUACUCACUGAUGGAGAUCCUACAAAGUUUCAACCGCCUCCAAAACCAGUCAUUGUGGAUAAAACAAAACAAGGAUCUCAAAGAAGGUACUUGAGUCCAGAAUUUGUGCCUCCCAGAACUAGAAAAGACCCAUUCAAGUAUUUUCUGGAGAGGAGAGACAUGAUUCAAAGGAGGAAGGUGUUCAAUAUCCCUGAAUUCUAUGUAGGUAGCAUUCUCGCUGUGAGUAUGUCUGAUCCACAUGCAAAUGGCAAAAUAAAUCGAUUUGUGGGGAUUUGCAUUGAAAGAGGAGGAAGUGGACUUGGUGCAACAUUUGCGCUCCGGAAUGUAAUUGAAGGUCAAGGAGUGGAAAUGCGAUAUGAACUCUAUAAUCCCCGCAUCCUUGAAAUACAAGUAUUAAAGUUGGAAAAGAGGGUGGAUGACAACUUGAUGUAUUUACGAGAUGCUCUUCCUGAAUACAGUACGUUUGAUUUCAAUAUGAAACCAGUCACUCGGUCAUCAGAAGAAGACAUUCCAGUAAACCAACUAAAAGUUAAGAUGAAGCCGAGGCCUUGGUCAAAGAAGUGGGAGAGACCUCAGUACAAUGUUCGAGGAAUCAUGUUUGAACUCUAUCUUCAUGAAAACCAUGUUAAAAAAGCAAAUAAACUUGCCAGACCAUGGGAGCAGUUUGACAUGAUGAAAGAGUAUGAUACCAAAGAGAUUGAGCAAAACAUUUGGAAAGAAGUGGAACAACAACUUAAGCAGUCUGAAAAACAAUAAUGAAAUAAAAAAAUAUGACUUGUAAUGGUUGUAACUUAUAAGUAUUUACACAAUAAAGUAAACCUGUACAGUUUUGAAA